GAGGAGAUGGAGAAAGCCAGAAUUGAUACAGAUUUCAAAGUAGAGGAUGUAAAAUCCAAUACUUGCAAGGAAUGUGGUGCUAGUUUUAAAAAGCCUGCCUAUCUAAUACAGCACAUGCAAAGCCAUUCACUUGAGGGAGUUAGUUUAUAAGAUAUUAUUAUUAUUGGAAAGUUGUGGAUGUUAUGGCGUGAAGCAUUGGAUCCCAGACAAAGAACUCCAAAAUGCGGGAGGCAUCAUAUAUCAACCUGAUGGAUCAGUAUCAGGCAGGGAGACCUCCUGAGAAGCUCCAUCAGGGUGCCUCAAUCACGCUCAGUUUAAGGCCAUAUGUGUGUGCCAUUGAGGACUGUCAAGCAAGUUACAGAAGGAAGGACCACUUGACUCGUCACUCUCUUCAGCAUCAAGGGAAAACUUUCAAGUGUCCAGUUGAGAAUUGCAAUCGCGACUUUGCUUUUCAAGGAAAUAUGACAAGACAUGUCAAGGAAUUUCAUAAUGAGAAUUCCACUUCUACUACUGCUGAAAAUUCAAAGCAGUAUAUUUGCCAGGAAGUUGGUUGUGGAAAGGUUUUCAAAUUUGCAUCAAAGCUGAAAAAGCAUGAAGAUUCUCAUGUUAAGCUGGAGUCAGUAGAGGUAAUCUGCUUAUAUCCUGAUUGUAUGAAGCAUUUCACAAAUGAGCAGUGCCUUCAAGAACAUAUCAAAUUGUGCCACCAAUACGUGACCUGUGAGACAUGUGGAAAAAAACAGUUGAAGAAGAAUAUUAAGCGGCACCUCCGUAUGCAUGAAAGCAGCACUUCGUCAGAGACGUUUAAAUGUGAAUAUAAAGAUUGUGGUAGUCAAUUCUCAAGUAAAUCUAAUCUCCAGAAGCAUGUGAAGGCUGUGCACUUUGAAGAGAAACCUUUUGUGUGUGGCUUUCCUGGUUGUGGCAUGAGAUUCUCUUACAAACAUGUGAGAGAUAAACACGAGAAAAUUGGAUCGCAUGUCUAUAGCCUGGGAGAUUUUGAAGAAACUGAUGAGCAGUUCAGAUCAAGACCGAGAGGAGGGCGAAAGAGAACAUGUCCUACUGUUGAAAUGUUGGUUAGAAAAAGAGUUACUCCACCCAGUCAAUUGGAUCAUUGGUUACUUAACGCAAGAGGAUGAUCAGAUGCAUUAAGCUGUGUGAACUACAUUCAACCAUAAGCGUCCUCCUCCUACCAUGCAUGUGUUCCACAUCAAUGCUUCUGGGGAGUUAUCAAAAUGAUUCUACGCCAACCAUCCAGAAGUGGCAUUACGGCAAAUCUGGGUGGGAGAAAUUAUGUGAAGAAUCAUUGAUUUAGGGCAAAAGCAUAGUAAAUUUUGUUACCCGUUGUAUAGUAUAGAAUUGAUGUAUAUUAUUUACUGAUUUGCUGUGGAAACUAUGUUUG